AUGGAGGAAGACCUCUUCCAGCUCCGACAGCUGCCGGUGGUCAAGUUCCGUCGCACAGGGGAAAGUUCCCGGUCUGAGGAGGAUGCCGUCUCGGGUGAGCACGAAGUCCAGAUCGAGGGAGUCCAGACGGCGUUAGAGCGCGUGGAGCUGGAAGAUGGCGGGACGGUGCCAAAGGAGUUUGCCAAUCCAACGGACGAUACUUUUAUGGUGGAGGAUGCGGUGGAAGCCAUCGGAUUUGGCAAGUUCCAGUGGAAGCUCUCCAUCCUGACGGGCUUAGCAUGGAUGGCUGACGCCAUGGAAAUGAUGAUUCUGAGCAUCUUAGCGCCCCAGCUUCAUUGUGAGUGGCGAUUACCCACCUGGCAGGUUGCAUUGCUCACUUCGGUUGUUUUUGUGGGCAUGAUGUCCAGUUCCACCCUCUGGGGAAAUAUCUCAGACCAGUAUGGAAGAAAAACAGGGUUGAAGAUCAGUGUGCUGUGGACCUUAUAUUAUGGGAUCCUCAGUGGAUUUGCACCCAUUUACAACUGGAUCUUGGUGCUGAGGGGCUUGGUGGGCUUUGGCAUCGGAGGAGUGCCUCAGUCGGUGACUUUAUACGCAGAAUUCCUUCCGAUGAAAGCCAGAGCAAAAUGCAUUCUGCUUAUCGAGGUCUUCUGGGCCAUCGGGUCAGUCUUUGAGGUCCUCCUGGCCGUGUUUGUGAUGCCCACCCUGGGCUGGCGCUGGCUGCUGAUUCUCUCGGCCCUCCCUCUGCUGUUGUUUGCCAUCUUGUGUUUCUGGCUGCCGGAAAGCGCAAGGUACGAUGUCCUGUCGGGGAACCAGGAAAAGGCCAUCGCCACGCUGAAGAGGAUCGCCAGUGAGAACGGGGCUCCAAUGCCUCUCGGCAAACUGAUCAUCUCCCGGCAGGAAGACCGAGGGAAAAUGAGGGACCUCUUCACCCCCCAAUUUAGAUGGACCACACUUCUGCUUUGGUUUAUAUGGUUCUCCAAUGCCUUUUCGUAUUAUGGAUUAGUUUUAUUAACUACAGAGCUCUUCCAAGCGGGAGACAUCUGCAGCAUAUCUAGCAGAAGGAAAGCUGUGAAGGCCAAAUGCAGCCUGGGCUGUGAGUACCUGACGGAAAAGGACUACAUCGAUCUGCUGUGGACCACUCUGUCCGAGUUCCCAGGUGUUCUGGUGACCUUAUGGAUCAUUGACCGGAUUGGACGGAAGAAAACCAUGGCCCUCUCUUUCUUGGUCUUCUCACUUUGUAGCCUCCUGCUCUUUCUGUGUGUCGGCAGAAAAGUUCUUACCGUCCUACUGUUCAUUGCAAGGGCUUUCAUUUCCGGAGGAUUCCAGGCCGCUUAUGUUUACACCCCCGAGGUUUACCCGACAGCCACCCGUGCCCUGGGCCUGGGGACGUGCAGCGGGGUCGCUAGAGUGGGAGCGCUCAUCACCCCAUUCAUUGCACAGGUGAUGCUGGAGUCCUCGGUCUACCUGACCCUGGUCGUGUACAGCGGCUGCUGCCUCUUGGCCGCUCUGGCCUCCUGCCUGCUGCCCAUCGAGACGAAAGGCCGGGGCCUGCAAGAGUCCACCCACAGGGAAUGGGGUCAAGAGAUGUUUGGGCGUGGGGUCCCCCGAUCAAACUCUGGCUCUCAGGGCUGA